GAGGAAACCACUACUGAGAGACGGCUUCCUCCCAGCCAGUUUCUAAAUUAGCAGAGUGACUGUCACCAUCGUCCAUGAGAACCCGCCAUUGCCCCUCUGGGACAGGAUCCAAGCACAGCAGAUUCCCAUGGGGCUGGCACAGUGCCUGGCAGCUGCCUUCCUCUUCCUCCUCCUCCUGGGUCUGACCGCUGCCCAGCGGGUGGUGACCGUCCAGAAGGGUCCCCUCUACCGCACGGAGGGCUCCCACGUCACCCUGUGGUGCAAGGUGAGCGGCUACCAGGGCCCGGCGGAGCAGAACUUCCAGUGGUCCAUCUACCUGCCCUCGGCGCCCGAGCGGGAGGUGCAGAUCGUCAGCACCGUGGACCCCUCGUUCCCCUACGCCAUCUACACGCAGCGCGUGCGCGGCCGCGGCAUCUUCGUGGAGCGGCUGCGGGGGGACGCCGUGCUGCUGCACAUCACCGAGCUGCAGGAGCGCGACGCCGGCCAGUACGAGUGCCACACGCCCAACACCGACGAGAGGUACUUCGGCAGCUACAGCGCCAAGAUGGACCUCGCAGUGAUUCCAGACACGCUCUCGGCUUCCAUGGCACCCCAGGCCCUGACUCUCAUGGAAGGGGAUGCAGUGGAGCUGACCUGUGAGGUGUCCAAGUCCACUGCCCAGCACACCCAUCUCUCCGUUGGCUGGUACCUUCUUCAGGGAGCAGGAGAGCACCACGCAGAGGAGAUCCUCACCCUCUCCAAGGACUUCAUCCUGAAGCCAGGGCCCUCUUAUGAGCAGAGGUUUCUGCAGGGGGCUGUGCAGCUGAACAAGGUUGGGAACACCACGUACAAGCUCCUCAUCGGGGGAGUGACGCCAUCUGACCAGGGGCAGCUGUACUGUGAGGCAGCCGAGUGGAUCGAGGAUCCUGACGGGACGUGGAAGGACAUCUCCCGCAAGCAAACAGCGAGGACCUCGCUGGCAGUUGUCAGCCGGGGCAGAGACCUCCCUGUGGACAUCGCUGCUGCUGCUGAAGGCUCCCUUUCCGAAGGGGACACCCUGCAGCUGAAUUGUGUGGUGGGAGCCCCGAAGAGCAGCAGCAGGCACUUCAAAGUGAUUUGGCUCCUCAAUGAGAUGAAAGUGGCCGAGGUUGACGCCCAUGGGGUAUCGACCUGGGAGGAAGAAUAUGAGGAGAGAGCCAAGCUGGGGCAGCUCCGAGCAUUCAAGCCAAGCAACACAGUUUAUGUCCUCACCGUCCGUGAGGUGGGGCUGAAGGACAAGGGUACAUACCAGUGCUCUGUGUCGGAAAUGAAGGCUCCUGGAGACUUGCACAGCAUCCAGACCAAUGUCUCAUCAGGCGUACAAGUCAACGUGAAGCCAAUAGGUCUCGGUCUGCACGCCACGCUGAGAAGCCGAACCCCCACCAUCGGUCACGGGCAGAGUCUUGAACUCUUCUGCCAAGUGAACGCCAGCUACACCCUGGAGGAGGUGCCAGUGUCUGUGCGGUGGCUCUUCCAGCCCAGCCGGCCCACGGGGCCCUCACAAGAGCUGGUCCAGGUCCUUCCCAAUGGCGCUGUGGUCUGGGGGGCAGCACGGCCACAAUUCCAGGGGAAAACCCAGCUGGAGAAGGCUGGCACCUCCUUCAGGCUGCACAUCCACAGUGCCUUGCCUGCCAACGAGGGGACAUACCAGUGUGAGGUGGGGGUCUGGAGGAGGAACGCCCUGCCCCUGGGGCAGGCAGCAGCCAGUGCCAGCUCCAAUGCCGUGGAGAUAAAAGUGGUGCUGCCAGAAAGCAAGCUUCAGGUGGCUACGAAAGACAGCUCUGUGGAAACUGCCAGUGGUAACGCAGCCAUUGAGUGCAGGAUUGUGUUUGCCCAGAAUAAUUCACAGUUUGCUGUUACCUGGUACCUCCUGCCUCCUCUGGCAGAUGCAAUGCCCCUGCAAAUCCUCAGGGCCGACUACAGCAGCGUGCUGGAAUACGGGUCUGAGUUCAGCUCUCCUGCACAGAAGUCCCGGUUCCUGAGCCAGAGGGUGUCCAGCAGCAUAUUCCAGCUGCACAUUCUGUCUGCAAACCUGGCGGACCAGGGCGGGUACUACUGUGUGGUAGAGGAAUGGCUCUGGCUGGUGGACGGCUGGUACAAGCUCGGAGAGGGAACGUCGGGAAGGACCAUGCUGAAGUUCAAACACCCAGACCCCGAGCCGCGGCUGGACAAAACCAACCACAGCGUCUCCGCCAGGGAGGGCGAGGAGGUGACGCUGCCCUGCCGGCUGCAGGGCGCCCUCCCGCCCGGCACACACCUCUCGGCCACCUGGUUCCAGGUGAAGAGCGGCGGCCGCGACGCUGCCCUGCUGACCGUGCACCGCGACGGCAGCACGGAGUACCCGGGGCAGCGCCGGGCGGGGCGGCUGCAGCUCCGCCGGCCCUCGGCCGGAGACUUCAGCCUGACGCUGGGCGCCGUGCAGAGCGGGGAUGCCGGGGCGUACUACUGCCAGCUGCAGGGAUGGCAGCAGCACGGCCACGACCAGGGCUGGGCUCUGCGAGCCUCGGCGCGCUCGGGGUACACCCAGCUCAUCACCGCCCCGCCAGAGUCAACUGUUUUGUCUAGGAUCUGCUCAUCCCCACCACUGCUGAACUUCAUCUUAUUUUUACCACUGGUCCUGAUCCUUCUCCUGGCCCUUGUUGUCUUCUGCUGGUACUGCAAACACAGGAAAAGCAAGAAGGGCAACAUGACAGGAUGGAUGAUGGAACUGGAAGGGAAUGAAGAGGUCAAGAAGACUUAGCUGGUCUGUAGAGGCAGAUGUAACUUGGGGGAGCAGAGCUGGGCAGCUGAAGGGGACUGAGUACUUGCAGAGGGGCUUUUAUUGUUUUGUGGUAGCUCUUGCAAUAAAUCCUUGAAAUUAUGUGCUUGCUUUUGAUGGAAUGAAGCAGCUUUGGAAUUACUAAGCAGAUAGUGCUUUUAUAACAAGUGGUUCUGUCUUUUAGGCUAGGUACCCACCCAUUUCCUACUCUGCUUGUUGUGGUGCAUUUGAGGUCCUUGCAGCAUGCAUCUCCCACUGUGGAUGGGAGUGGUGUUAUUCCUCUGCAGGAAUAAGGGAAAAAACAGCUCUUUCUGUGCUGUAACACAAAAGUACCACAUUUCUACUAAUGUUUGGUGUCUUGACAAAAUCUGUGUUGUAUCCAGGCUAAAAACCAGUGGUAGAACUGGAAGUGGAAUAUUGGUGUCCCAUUCAAGUCAUCGCCCUUGCCUUUGCCAGGGAAGCUCUUGGACACCACUGUUUUCACAUUCUGAGUGUGUCUGUGCCCAAAGAGCAUCAUUUGAUGAAAAUGAAAUGGGUCUUCAUCACAGAACCUGUCACAGGAACAUGAGGACUGAGCAAGGCUGGCUGGGCCUGUAGGAAAUCCAGAGGAGAAGAAUUGCAGCCACCCACAAAAAAUCAAAUCCUGUUGACUCAGUACAGGACUUGCAUGGAGUCUUGGAUCCCAGAAGGAAGAUGUAGACACCAAACUAUAUCAGAGAUGAGUGUACAAAGUUUCCAGCUCCUUCCUUUGCUUCUGCUGUAGGGGAAGACAGCAUCUAGCCCCUGGUACCUGGGCUGUCUGUGGGUCAGGAAGCUGCACAGCUGGGACCUGGAAUUAGACACAUCCAGAGUGUCCCAUGUAAUAAAAAAAUGCCACGUGUGCACUUGUGGGGCAGCUCCUCUAUACUCUGGAAUCCAGCUUGGACUCACCUUUUCAAGGCUGAAGAGCUCUGCUACCUGAAGAGUGCCUGGCUGAUGCAUGGAAGAAAGGAGAUUCCUAUCCAGUCUUGAUAAGCCAAGGGAUAUUCCACCCCUAAUUGUGCAAAAUGGGAUGUGGUCCCAGGGAGUUGUACGGUCAGGUAUCAGGGCAACACUCUGAGCACUGUGCUCAGACCAAAGUAUCUGUAUAGAAACCACAGCAGACACUCACAAACCUGCUUCCUGUGACCACAGAGAGAAUUGGAGACACCACAGCCCCUCCAGAUGAUCUGUUCUUUCACUUUCUUUGCAAUUAGGAAAGCUGCCUGAUUUUAUCCUGAAGAACUGGCAGGUGCCUCAGUCACUUGAAAAUGCAGGUUUUGCACACAUCUGAAGACUACUGCUCCUGUUUGCCUGUUCAGCCACCUCUGUCUGUGCUGGCUGGCUCCAGCGUGCUCAGUCUUUCCCCGCAGGAUGUUUUCUGGACCCCGUGCAGCUUUUCCCUUUGCUGCCCUGACCCCAGCUGCCUCUCCCACAGCGAGAGCGCUCAGAGCUGCACGUGGGGCUCUCUGCAGAGGUUUCCCCCCUGCCUUGUAGGUUAUGUCCCGUUUACACAUCCCAGUAGGAUGUUUGAUUUUCUCUUUGCGUGCGACGGCGCGGCGCUGUUUGUGCCUGGCUUGUGAUCAUCAGGCUCCUCUCCUGCAGAUUUGCUGUCUAGCAAGUUGUGUCUCCACUGUGUGUUCAGGCUGUUGGCUUUUCCUCUAACUGGAGCCCUGUUUUCAUGGGGGUGUUGAACAGCUUUCUGCAGCAGUUUGUGGAAGAUCCUGCCGUCUGUCUUAGCCCUGUCUGAUUAAACUUUAACUCUCGGGCUGGUUUCUCUCUGUCUGUUUGACAGAGAAGCAGAUGCUCCCAGGAUAUUAAACUCCUACAGGUUUCGUGGAAAGUGGUAGGUGGGUGAAGGAGAGGAGGCAGUGUGGGUUGGCCACCUGGUGCCUGGUUUGUGUUUAGGGGAUACGGAAAGGAGAUGUAGGUGUGCUAGGGUGUGGGAAAGGAACGAAGGAACAUCUUUUGACUAU